UUUUGGAUGCAGCUUCCGGUACAAAUUUGUUUCCAAACCCAUCUCUCCUCUUCCUCGCCCUAGGUUUCGUUUCUUCCAUCACGCCAUGGCGGAUUCUCCACGCAGGAGGUAUUCACGAUCCCCUUCUCCUGAUAGGAUGUACCCUAGCUCGAGAUCUAGGGGUCGGUCUCGAACACCCAUUCCCAGAUCACGAUCACGAUCUGGAAGCCGUAGCAGGGAUGAUUCGGUAAAUCCUGGAAAUACUCUCUAUGUAACAGGCCUGUCGAGUAGAGUCACAGAAAGAGAUCUUGAGUAUCACUUCUCCAAGGAGGGCAAGGUUAAGGGAUGCUUUCUCGUUGUUGAACCCCGUACUCGUGUCUCUCGUGGUUUUGCAUUUGUGACAAUGAAUACGGUUGAGGGUGCUGACCGUUGUGUCAAGUAUCUCAAUCAGUCAGUUUUGGAGGGCCGAUACAUAACUGUGGAGAAGUCGAGGAGGAAAAGGCCACGGACACCUACACCUGGAAACUACCUUGGGGUGAAAAGCACCCGAGAUACCAGAGAUCGUUAUGACCGUGACAGGUACCGUGGAGGCUAUGGUCGCGAUGACUAUGGUGGUGGGUACCAUAGAUCGCCAAGACGUUCACCAUAUCGAGGUGGUCGAGGUUUCUCCCCUCUUCGGUCACCUUAUGGUGGUAGAUCAAGAAGGGAGCGGUCAAGAUCUAUUCCUUAUUCUCCAUAUAUAAGUCCAGAUAGAGGCUAUGGUCAUCGUGCAAAUGUUUAUGCCAGGUAAUCGUUAAUGGGCAAUGCAUGUUGGAGCUCUACAGUCGGUUUAUCCUCUAUGCUUGAUGUACUUAACUAUUCUUGGGGCAUGUUGCUUGGAGUUAUAUUUAUGCUUGAUAUAACCAUAGCUUUGUUCAAGACACUAGUUUAGGUACUGGACGAUCCUGAUAUUAGUUUGAGAACGCUGGGUUAGCUUCUGAAGGAUGAUGAAGACUUGGUUCUUGGCAUGAGUUUUUACUUGUGGUUAUGGUGACUCUUGCUUUUAUGGUACAAUAUACUUGCAUUUUCAGUGGGCA